GGGGUUCCGCCAACGCGAACCGUCUGAGGGCUCGGCGUUUCGGCUCUUCCUGCACCCUCCUGGCCCGACGUCAUGGGAGUGACUUGGUAGGACAAUAAGGGAUUUCGUGGGCCGGGGGUUGGCGUCAUGAGGGCUCUCGUGGCCUGGAGUGGUCAGGGUCAGAGAAUCCGGAUCAAAGUUAGCGGUCCCCCGGGAGCCGGGCAAGAUGUCCUCGGGUGGUGUGGAUGAGGAGACCUCGUGGGGUCCGCGGGUUGUCCGGGCCCGUAUCCUCGGAGAUGCGCCCGUUCCUCCUGGAAGGCGGCAGGGCAAAGGCUUUAUCCCGGGAACCCUUUAACAGUGUGUCCCAGAUGCCUGUGGCUGAGGGCAAGAGUGUCCAGCAGACUGUGGAACUCCUUACCCGGAAGUUGGAGCUACUUGGGGCAGAGAAGGAAGGAACAUUUUGUGUGGACUGCGAGACUUACCACACAGCUGCCUCUACCCUUGGUAGCCAAGGUCAGGCCGGGAAGCUGAUGUAUGUGAUGCACAACUCAGAAUACCCACUGAGCUGUUUCGCCCUCUUUGAGAGCGGCCCCUGCCUUAUUGCUGACACCAACUUCGAUGUCCUCAUGGUGAAGCUCAAAGGCUUCUUCCAGAGUGCCAAAGCCAGCAAGAUUGAGACCCGAGGCACCCGUUACCAGUACUGUGACUUCCUGGUGAAGGUGGGCACCGUCACAAUGGGGCCCAGUGCCCGGGGCAUCUCUGUGGAGGUGGAGUAUGGCCCUUGUGUGGUGGCUAGUGACUGCUGGAGCCUGCUGCUCGAGUUCCUGCAGAGCUUCCUAGGCAGCCACACACCAGGCGCCCCUGCUGUGUUUGGGAACAGACACGACGUGGUCUACGGCCCAGCAGAUACCAUGGUCCAGUACAUGGAGCUCUUCAACAAGAUCCGCAAGCAGCAGCAGGUGCCUGUGGCUGGGAUUCGCUAGUGCCCGGCAGCUGCCUGCUGCGCUCUCGCUGGGGUACUCCACAGGAGGAGUAGGUACUGCACUCUCAGGUCCCUGGACCCCACACGCUGUGGGGGCUUCUCUCCUUCGCUGGCUCCCAGUUGUGACUCCGGUUGAGGCCUGGACUCCCCUCCCCUGACCCUCACACGCAGCCUCUCCACAGCUGUUUUACCCCACACCUGACUGGAUUUGGCCCAUCUUUAAGAAUGGUGGUUGUGGAGAAUGGCGAAGUUUGGACCUUCCCUGCUUUAGGGGAAAAGGUAGGCCAGGACCGUCCUGACUAGCACUGGUGGUGAAGACGGUCUGUAUCCCCAGCUGUUGAGGACUUGACCCACGCCCACAGGGGGCACCUGCGUUUUGUGUUCGGGCUGUGCUAUAAUAAAAGCCUCUUCCUUUA